AUGCUCACUCUCUGUCGCGGAUACUUCACUCACUCUCUGUCGCGGAUACUCACGCUCACACUCUGCCGCGGAUACUCAAGCUCACUCUCUGCCACGGAUACUCACGCUCACUCUGUCGUGGAUACUCACGCUCACUCUCUGUUGCGGAUAUUCACGCUCACUCUCUGUCGCGAAUACUCACGCUCACUCUCUGUCGUGGAUACUCACGCUCACUCCCUGUCGCGGAUAUUCACGCUCACUCUCUGUCGCGAAUACUCACGCUCACUCUCUGUCACGGAUACUCACGCUCACUCUGUCGUGGAUACUCACGCUCAUUCUCUGUCGCGGAUACUCAUGCUCACUCUCUGUUGCGGAUACUCACGCUCACUCUCUGUCACAAAUACUCACGCUCAAUCUCUGUCGCGGACACUCACGCUCACUCUGUCGUAUGUGCCCUUCCUGCAGGAUCCCGAGAGUAUCGUAUCCUUCCAGGGAAAGGAAGUAAAGUUACGCUGCUCAAUUCGGGUGAUGGGGGAGCUUCCCGAAAUAAAUUGGCAACGAGAUGGGGCUCUGUACCAGGGGGAUGUCAACCAAGUUCUGGUGCCAAUGAGUGAUGAUGAAUGGCUGGCCAUCAGUGAAUUAAGCAUUCCCUCAAUCCACCGAACAGAUGCUGGGAGUUAUCGGUGCAUCACUUCAGUGAAAGGCAAAGAAAUUAUCUCCAAAGAAGCUCAGCUAGAAAUUGAAGGGUUGCCCCACUUCACCAAGGAGCCACAGGAUGCCCACGUGCACAGGGAUGAGCCUUUUAACCUGAGCUGUGCUGCCGCAGGAUCGCCAGAAUUGAAGGAGCUGAUGUGGCUACAGGAUGGGAUGCCCGUACGCGUUGGGGAGAAAACUACAGCAAUCUCACCAUCAACCCUCUUCAUCCAAGGCUUAAAGAAGCCAGCAACAUUCCGAUGUGAAGCGCACAACGCCAAGGGUGUGGCCACCUCCCGAACAGCCAACGUCAAACUUCUGCCAGACACACCAGACAAUGUGACAGUGACCUUCACAAGCUCCCGUGCUCUUGGAGUCUCAUGGGAUGCUGGCUUCAGUGGCUUUAUUCCAUUUACCUCCUGUACUGUCCAGGCUGAGAAAUCUGUGCAUGACCUCAGCCAAGAGAUCUAUUUGAAGGAUAUCUCUGUUCCACCAUUCAGUCACAUGAUCAGAGCAUUGGCACCUCACUCGCGAUACAGAAUCCGGCUGGCCUGCAGCACGGAUAUUGGCACCUCCCCAUGGAGCAGCUGGGUGACAGCGGAAACACUUGAAGGAGAGCCAGACACAGCCCCAGGCAACAUAACCUUCCUGUACAAUGGCAGUGUUCUGCUCUUCAAAUGGGAGAAACCAUCCACAGGCCUUAAUGGGGUCUUGCAAGGAUACAAAGUGGCAUACCAGGACCAAGACGAUGCUGAGGUGAUAAUGGACAAUGGGCUGAGAGAGAACAUUAUCCUGGAGGUUGUCCUGCCUGUCACCAACCUGACUCUCUGCGUGGCAGCCUACACGAAAGCUGGAGAUGGGCCGUGGAGUGACCCUGUCCUGGUGACCCUCCCUAGCCCAGGUAUUCCAAGGCAGAUAAGAUAUCCAAUAGGGAAGGCAGGCAGGAGGUCAUUCUCUUGGCACUGGUGGUACGUGGUGAUGGCAGUCGCUGUAGCCAUGGCCUCUGCCAUUUGCCUUGCUGUGCUUGUUGCCCGACUGAGGAAGAAGGAUGUUCGAUAUGGUGAAGCCUUUGAACCCAUGAUCGAGAGAGGGGAGUUGGUGGUGCGUUACCGAGUGAAGAAGUCAUACAGCAGAAGGACUAAUGAGGCCACGUUGAACACUUUGGGAAUAAGUGAUGACCUCAAAGAGAAACUGCAGGAUGUGAUGAUUGACCGACACAAGUUGACACUGGGCAAGACACUGGGAGAAGGGGAAUUUGGCUCUGUGAUGGAAGGACAAUUGAACCAGGAUGAUUAUAUUCUCAAAGUGGCUGUCAAGACAAUGAAAAUUGCGAUUUGUACACGAACUGAAAUGGAGGACUUUCUUCGAGAAGCGGUCUGCAUGAAGGAAUUUGACCAUCCCAACGUUAUGCGAUUACUUGGGGUCUGCCUACAGAAUCAUGAGAAUGAAGGCUUUCCAUCACCAGUGGUCAUCCUUCCAUUCAUGAAACAUGGGGAUCUCCACAGCUUCCUCCUGUACUCUCGACUGGGAGAGAGCCCUGUGUACCUCCCGAUGCAGACACUGGUAAAAUUCAUGACUGACAUUGCUCGGGGAAUGGAGUAUCUCAGCAACAAGAACUUCAUCCACCGGGACCUGGCUGCCCGCAACUGCAUGUUAAAUGAAAACAUGAAUGUCUGCGUGGCUGACUUUGGCUUGUCCAAAAAAAUCUACAAUGGAGAUUACUAUCGACAAGGCCGGAUCUCAAAAAUGCCAGUAAAGUGGAUUGCAAUUGAAAGUCUAGCAGAUAGAGUUUACACAACCAAAAGUGAUGUGUGGUCCUAUGGUGUCACCAUGUGGGAGAUUGCAACUCGUGGGCAAACUCCGUAUCCAGGUGUGGAAAACAGUGAGAUCUAUGACUAUCUCCGACAAGGCAACAGACUCAAGCAGCCCCCAGACUGUCUGGAUGCACUGUAUGAGCUGAUGUACUACUGCUGGCAAUUGAACCCAAGAGAGCGGCCAACUUUCGAGAUCAUCUGCUGUCAACUAGAGAAGAUUGUGGAAGACCUGCCACCCUCUUCAGACCCAGAGGAGAUUCUCUACGUCAACAUGGAGGAUGCUCGUGGGAGGUCAGACAGCUGCUGUGAACAGGGAGCAGUUGGAGGCAGUGAUCUUGAGGAGAGUCUGAAGGCUUCAUGCUCACAGUUCUCCAAGGCACCUGUGGUAACAUCGGCAGAUGUCCACCAGUCAAAUGCAGUUGAUCGCUAUGUUUUAUGUCCACCUCAUGAGAGUGCCCGAUCAAUGGCAAUGGUACCCUUAAGUAGCAAUUCGCCGCUGUGUUUAGCGACAGAGGACCUCCUGCUGGAAGAAAUGUGUGGGAGAGAAUGUAAAUGACAGAGCCAUCUGUGAUACUUGGCACUUCAUGUUUCCAGGAACCUUGCCUCAAAUAAUCACUCAAGUGAUCUCCAAGCAAAGACACUGACUGCAAGUCAUGCUAUUGUUAAAAGAAUGUACAAUGUCACUUUGACCAUAUAACAUCAAAACAGUCCUGCAGUCAAGGCAAGUCAGCAGUUGGAAAAGUGCAAACAGCCAACCAAUUUAACCACAAACCCAUCCCUCAUGCCAAUUUCUUGCAUGCCAUGAAUUUCAAAGUUUCUCUUACUUAUCUUCUAUCGGGCACUUUUCAUCCCUUUAUCUAGCACAGUUGGGAGGGAUACAGUGUCUAAAUAUCAUAUCACAAUGGCCUCAGUCCAAAAGUACUUGGAUGCUGAUAUCAAAUAGUGUACAUGCUGAUGCUUUAAUCACGUUUGAUCAUGGCAAUCACUGAUCUGAGAUGCAUAUGCUAAGAAGUGCACUCUUGAACCCAGCUUCCCAAUGGAAAACAAAGUAAUGCAGGUGAAAGGCCAAAGGGUUACCAAUUCAGGGGAUACGGUUGCCAUAAAGUUGCAUGAUUUCUAAAAGAAGUGUUUAACUGCACAGUAUCUACGGCAAUAGCACAGGGAAUCUGAAAUAUUUGUGGAUUACAUGUGAAAACUUACAGUAAAAAGUUCACUUCCAGAAUUUAUUUUUUAAAAUAGUUAUAAGUUAAAAAGAAUAUGGCAGGGAUAUGAUUAGAAACAACGUUUUAAAGUUCAUUCAGGAGAUGAGGGCAUUGCUGCUCGGCCAGCUUUAUUGCCCUAACUGUCCAGAGGUCAACCACAUUGCAGUGGGCCUAGAGUCACAUGUAGGCCAAAAGAAUGGCAGUAUCCUUUCCUAAAUGUCAUUAAUGACCCAGAUGGGUUGUUUCCGACAAUCUACAUUUAUGGUCAGAUUUUUUUACUGAAUCCACAUUCCACCAUCUGCCGUGGCGGGUUCUGAACUCCAGUCCCCAGGUACUGCACAUUACCUAAGUCUCUGGAUUAACAAUCCAGUGAUAAUACCAUUAAAUUAUGGCCUCCAUUGUGUUGAAAUUUAUCCACGAUUUAAGCAUGCUAAUGCAAAAUUAAUUUCAACUCCCCAUCUCUUCCUAGCUAGUUUGUUACCAUCUCUAAUCAAAAAUGUAUGAUUGCUCCCCAAUUUCCCACAGAUAGAGCAAGUUAAAUGCGCAAAUGAGCUAAUUAAGCUUAUCACUGACAUGAUUCCACCUCGUUUUAAUUAUGUUGCAAAUCUAAAUACAGCUGCCCCCAUUGUAUAAUUGGAACAGGACCACCCUUGUUUAUGGGAGGUACUUUCUCAAUCAUCACAAAGAGUCAUUAGGUGUUGCUUAGUGAUAACAAUGUGAUGAUCAUAUGAUUGGGUCAGCAUUUUGCAUCAUUUUCUGGGACCAGCAAAGUUUUGAGCAGGCACUGAUUCUGAAUCCUGUCAUUCAGCAAGAGUGUCAGAGCUAAAAUUGAUGCACUAGCUCUUUUGCUACCAGAACUAAAUUGCAGGAAAAAUAAACCUAUGUAACAAACUAUUUUGGACCUCUUUUGCCUACAUAUUAGGCUAAUAAAUGUGUGCUGGGUUGCGGCUUUCUACUUUGACUUUUAUCAGUGGAAAUUUCUUCAAUAUUAGUUAGCUUUCUGCACCUUUGCAAUCUUACACACUAUCUUGGUUCAAGAAGGUGUGUCCACUCUAUACAUGAGUGAUGAAUAACAUUGUCUGGAUGGCAAAUUGACUUUGUAAUGUAGCAGAAGGGUUGGAAGAUUUGUCUUCAUGGCACUAUUACAAAAUUAAGAUGCAAUCACCUGGGAAUGCCUGUCGAGUUCUGAUUUUCAAGAUCCACCUCAGGGAUUACAGUGAAGCAGAUGCAACGAGUAAGGUUUGGUCAACCAAUGACAGCUCGUUUCAGUGUGAAGAACUGACUGAGCCAUCCACUCCAACCUAUUAAAGCUGUCUUGUCUUAACAAGCAAAGCACAUUUGAACAGAAUUGUUUACAGCAUUUUAUGGAACAUUCAUUUCUAAGUGCACUUCAAUCCUAUGCACAGCCUCUGGCAACUUCUAAUGAGCUGUAAAUGGUAAAGCAGCAGCUACUCAUUGUGGGCAACUGCGAUAUGGGACUAGAGCACCUUGUUUUCAGCCACGAAAUUAGAUGUCAAGUUAAUGCUGCACUGAAAGACUUGAGAUACUUAUGAAAGUGUCCCAAGAGGAGUACCCAACAAAAGCUAAACUUUUGUGCAUUAAUUUACUGUUUGCCACUUAAUUCUUUAUAAAGCCUUGGUUUCCAUACACUUGGUGCAGGGUGUCAUUGAAUUGCCUGCACCAAGACAAACAUAUAUCAAUGAAGGGAGCAAUUCAUUUGCUAAAGUUUAAGAUAGAAUUACUUGCUAUCACCUUCUUAAUGUAAUAUGCAAACGAGAUCCACAAUGAUCAACAAUCGAGAAUCAUUCAUCAUUCAUAAUGCUUUGCACUCAAUUUAGGCUCGACCUUCAGGCCCGAGUGAGUUGAGCAAUUAAUCUCCAGGAUUAUUUAUGAUCUCAGCUGAACUAACUGAGUGUGCAAAUAUUAUCUUCCACUCAUUGAUACAUUGGAAAAAUCUUCACUGUAAAUCAACCUAAAAUAAUGUUGUUAAUGAUUGUGUCUAAAUCCAAGGUUAAUUGCCAUUGUAAAUGGUUAGCUCUAAUGAGAAUCCUAUUUGACCUCAAACGCAAAGAAUAUCAGCAACAACAUUCACAUCACCAUCAAUAUUGGAAGCAUUGCUCUGGUAAUUCCCAGGUUAUGAAUCUGGACUGUACAAUGACUGCUCCCUAUUUACAUGUUAAUCAGCAUGUUCAAGACUGUGUUCAAAGUAUUCAACUGGUAAUUAAUGAAUCUCAUAAGGUAUGCACAGUCAGAAAUGGUAAUAGGCAUGGAGGCUGGCAGAAAUGGAGGUAAAAAUCCAAAUAGUUCAGUGAAACCUGCCUGUGAGCCAUAUAAUGCAAACCCUUCAAGAAUGCAUAUGUGUAAGGUGUAUCACAACAUAUCUAAACAGGUUGAUUGAAAUGCUUGCACAAUUGAUGAAAGAAAAUCCUAAUCUGGAGUAGGAGUUUGUAUUAUUUUAAUUUAUCAGACUAACAAGAGCACAACUUUGGUACGGCAAUUCAUUAGAGUUUAUAACAUUGCAGAAUCUUCUGUUGACUUUACCAUAAUUUACUUGAAGCAAAAUAUUCUACUUGAGCAGCCUUACUGGGGAGCAUUUCAGAACACAAACAUUUUAGCCUGAGAGUCUUGGUUCAUUAAAAUGAAUGAUUUCAAUCAUUCAGGCUGAUGUUCGGUUGCCAACUCUGGCUGGGUGUAUUCCUGCAGUCUUUAUCCUGUCACUUUAUCCUUCCAUCAGACCGGGCAUCACAUUACCACUAUUGUCAAACAUUUUGGAUGAUCAUUCUCAGGCCACUGAAAAGCAAUCAGACUCUUCAUAUUUCAUUGGAAUAUUCUUGACCGCAAUUAAAUGAGCUUUCACAAUGUUCCAACAUUUUUAUCAAUAUGAUAUGAAGUAUUGAAUGAUUUUAUUUUUCUUGCUAUGUUGAGCCUUCUCUCAUGCUUCUCUGCUAUGUGUUGGAGGUUAAUCUUCAAAUCUGGAGAUACCAAGGGAAUCCUGGAGGGUUGGCACCUGAUGAAUUCCAAUUUCCUGAUGUGUAGAGAAAGCUGAAGGAAGGAAAAUUUCCUCAACAUUUCAGUGACAAGAGCUUCGUUUCACAAGAGAUGGUCAUUUAUUUUCUGUCAAACUGCUUCUAAUUGUGUUGUUCUGAGAGUUGUUGCAUUGGACACAAAUGCUCUUCAUUUUGAUGCAUGAUUGAUGCAAAAAUAUAAACCCUAAUUAACACAGCUUCUCAGGCACUCUCAGCAAGUACAAAAUAGAACUUCUCUAUAAAAUAAUCAACAUUUGAUGUUUCUAUGUAGUGAAAUUGAAAUUUGGGUUCAGCAUACCCAUAAUAGUUCAUCUACUUUACAUUGAGUUUGUGAUCCAUAAUUUGUUUUAGCUAUUCCCUGUAAAGACAACCCGCCUGCUUUAGAUGCAACUCAAAUCAUCUUAAAGUAUGAACAUAUUAUUCCUGUCUCCCUCAUGUGCUUAGCAAAUUUCACCUUAAAUACAUCAAUUCUAUUCACUUCACCUACACUUGUAGUGGCACAUUCCACUUUUUAAAAACAGGACAGACAUUCUUUGGAGAUGUGACAAGGAUAUAUAGUCCACAAAGGUUGGUCCACUUCAGGUUUGAGAUACAGAUUGAAUUGGAGCCUAACUCCCCUGUUGCUAAAAAGGACGUGGGUACUGUGCUGCACCGAGCUCCAGUUUAAUCCUGCAUUACAUGUGACUUCCAGCUGACCUGGGAUAACUUAAACGGAAAACCCACUGUUCCUCAUUUCAGGGUUAGCAAGCUUCAUUUUAAACAAUUAUUUCAGAUUGAGGGACUUGUGGGCUUGCAGUUGGAUGAAGACUGAGGUCGAAGUGCCUUUUGAGGAGUAAUUCGUUUUCGACAGUUUUGGGAAUUUUGUCAAUUCCCAAUUUCUAAUAUUAUUUAUAGGAAUUUAUCUAAUAGAAAUUCCUGCUUUUCACAUCAGUAGAACCUUAAGGCCUGGCAAUGUUCAGCCGGUGACACGACACACUUCAGCAUUGUUUUCAUGUUUCACUUUGUACUUCCAAAGAAGUUUCCCUUUUCUUGACAAGCCUGGUCUUCAUGAAGCUCUAUUUUCUCCAGAGUAAAUCCUUGGUGUAAAGCAGCAUAAGCGGUGGAUUUUUAAAGUUUAGAGAAACUGGCUGCAAAUUGAAUCCACACACAGUGUUCCCCACCUGUCCACAGCAUAGCCCAGCUGAUUGUUAACUGCUCGAAAUCCUUCUCGUUCAUUUGUGACGUUUUAAGGGAGGUUGCUUUCUUACAUAAGUUUUGCAAAGAUUUUGUUAAAAUAUCAAUGUAUAUACUUUGAUACAAACUGUAAUUAAUUCCAGCCCCUUCAUGUUGCACAUGCUGUUCUGUAUCUGAGUUGCUUUUUUUUAAUGAAAUAAAUCUUGUUUUAUUGCA